AUGGCUGCACUGCAAUGGCUCUGCUAUAUUUUCAUUAUUUGUGGCAGUUAUUCACUGUUAUCUGAUAACAGGAAUAGCGCAAUCCCUAAAGAUUGUGCUGGGAAAGAUAGUGGGACAACAUCGGCGUCAAAUUUUUGGUGUUUUCUUGAGAAGUCAAGUUUUAUUUUGACUGCUAACCUCUCUAGCUUGGUUGUAUGUGGACGAUCUAGCAUUGUAGGACUGUAUAUAAUCGAUGAUUUUGGCAGUUGUCAAACUUCAUGCGGGAGUACGACCAGUGGGGGAUUUGAUGAAAGGGAUUUUGAAGCUAAUGAGUGGAUUUAUUUUCGGCAAAGCAAGUUGUUGAGCAAUAUGAGAGUUUCUGUUAGUGGUUGCUUUUCAAGACGGGACAAAUACGAGCAGAUUUGCAUAUGCAAAGUUGCUCAUAAUAAAACCACUGAUCCGAAUUAUUCUACUAAAGUCAUUGAAUUGUCAUUGAUGUCAAGUGAUGUGAACGUAUAUAACUCCACUUAUCUCGUCUUCAAUAAAAGGGCUUUAGCUUUCCUCGCUAAAGGAAGACAUAGACGAAGCAAACGUCCCUGUGUUUAUUAUGCUAACAGCACUGCAACAUUCCAACUGUUGUUGGAAGGCGAUUUAGUUUUUAAACUAAAUCCUGGUCCUGAGUAUCAAAGAGCGAAGUCUACUUUUUCAAGACAUUAUACUUGUAAAGCGCGGCCGGGACGUAACGCCUCAAAUCUUAUUUAG